UAGACUGGACUGGACUGGACUGGGUGAGAGUUCUGAAUCUGAAUGUAACUAAAAAUGGAAAGAUGAAAAUUUGCAGUGACGACACUGAAUUCAAUCCACCCACCAUGAAUUGGGAGCUGUAACUUUUAUCGCACCCCAAAAUCUCACUUUCCACAUUUCGAAAGCUAUUCACGUGCUUAUCGUUCUCCACCGCCGCCCACUUCGCAUUUCCAUUUACCCCUUUUUGUCGAAAUUCAGUGUAUACAUUUAGCGCGGUGAAGUCGCUGACGGGAUCCAAUAACCGUUCACAUGGCGAUUCGUACUUCUCUCACUUUCCCCGUCUCGAUUCCUUCCCCUCCAAAUCGAUUUCUUGCCGGUCCAGCCAAGCCGAGGUGUGUCGGUGUUAAUUUCAAAAAUGGGGGCAGCCUAUCGGCAGGUGAGGACCUGCCGCUGGAUUACGAGACCUGGCUCCCUAAACGGGAAUUGAAGAAUCCAAGGAGGGCGGGGGUCCUCCUCCAUCCGACGUCGUUUCAGGGGCCUUAUGGCAUUGGGGAUCUUGGCCCUGAAGCCUUCCGUUUCCUCGACUGGCUUCACGAUGCCGGUUGCUCCCUUUGGCAGGUUCUUCCUCUUGUUCCUCCUGGGAGAAGGGCUGGUGAAGGGGGCUCUCCCUACUCUGGACAGGAUGCUAAUUGUGGGAACACUCUGUUAAUUUCUCUUGAGGAACUUGUCAAAGAUGGACUACUAUCAAAAGAGGAGCUUCCGAAACCACUAGACGUGGAUCAUGUGAAUUACUCAGCUGUUGCUGAGAUCAAGGAUCCUUUGGUAGCUUUGGCUGCAAAGAGGCUCCUUGCAAGUGAGGGGAACAUGAAGCACCAACUUGAAGAAUUUCGUAAGAAUCCAAAUAUUGCAGGCUGGCUUGAAGAUGCAGCUUACUUUGCUGCAAUUGAUGACACUUUGAAUACUUUAAGUUGGUAUGAUUGGCCUGAAUCAUUGAAGAAUCGUCAUCUUGCUGCUUUGGAAGAGAUUUAUCAAAGCAAAAAGGAAUUUAUAGAUACUUUUAUUGCUCAGCAAUUUUUGUUCCAACGACAAUGGCAGAAACUCCAUGAUUAUGCUCAUGGGAAAGGAAUCAGUAUAAUGGGAGAUAUGCCUAUAUAUGUAGGUUAUCAUAGUGCUGACGUAUGGGCUAACAGGAAACAAUUUUUGCUGAAAAAAGAUGGCUUUCCCCUUCAAGUUAGCGGAGUUCCUCCAGAUGCUUUUAGUGAAACUGGUCAACUAUGGAACAGCCCUUUGUAUGAUUGGAAAGCCAUGGAAAAGGAUGAAUUCUCGUGGUGGGUACGGCGUCUAAAACGGGCACAGAAUCUAUUUGAUGAAUUCAGGAUUGAUCAUUUUAGAGGAUUUGCUGGCUUUUGGGCUGUUCCUUCUGAAGCAAAAGUUGCAAUGGUAGGCCGAUGGAAGGUUGGACCUGGAAAAUCUCUUUUCGAUGCCAUCUUUAAAGCUGUUGGAGAAAUCAAUAUUAUAGCAGAAGACUUGGGGGUAAUUACGGAAGAUGUAGUGGAACUUAGGAGGUCCAUAGGCGCACCUGGAAUGGCAGUCCUCCAGUUUGGCUUUGGAAGUGAUGCUGAGAAUCCACAUCUACCUCACAAUCAUGAAAUAAAUCAAGUAGUGUAUACCGGUACCCAUGACAAUGACACAAUACAAGGAUGGUGGGAUGUCUUGCCACAAGAAGAAAAAUCUAAUGUGAUUAAAUACCUUGGUUACAUUGUUGAAGAUGACAUUUCGUGGGGGUUAAUUCGGGCAGCCCUUUCGUCAGUUGCACACACUGCAAUCAUUCCCAUGCAAGAUAUACUCAGAUUGGGAAGUUCGGCCAGGAUGAAUAUUCCAGCAACACAGCACGGAAAUUGGAGUUGGAGAAUACCCAAGUCUAAGUCAUUUGACUGCUUGACAUCUGAAGCAAAGAACCUGCGAGACAUGCUCCUGAUGUAUGGUCGAUUGUAAUCUGUAGCAACUACAACUGAGACUGGUGAUUAUAUAUACUAUAUGAUCUCAAGAGAUGAACUGGCUGGAGAUCAAAACAAACCCGUGGUUGCAUUCUUGUGCUGUGAUGGAUCUUUAGGUCUGGACACACAGAGGCCGCAACUUGGUAUGUGUUUUUGUGCCACCGUAACAAUAAACUCGAGAAUUAGAUAAAAUCAAGUGGAUUUUUAUCAAGUUUGUUAAUCAGAUUGGAUUAUAGUCUUAAGUGGUAAUUAUCUAUGUUAUUCAAGAAAUAAAAUUAACAUUCUGUCGAAGUAAAAUAGGUUGCAAGU